CUGCGGCUGCUGCCAUAACCCUUUCUGGACUCCACCAUUUGCUGCUUUCCAGAGCCAGCUGCUCCUCUUAUCUGGCCAUGACCACAGGGCUCCCCAGGAUCCUGACCCAGCUCUGAGUCCUGGGACCCUCCAUCCUUUCCCUUGGACCAUGGCUAACUCAGGCCUCCAACUCCUGGGCUACUUCCUGGCCCUGGGUGGCUGGGUGGGCAUCAUUGCCAGCACAGCCCUGCCUCAGUGGAAGCAGUCCUCUUACGCAGGAGAUGCCAUCAUCACCGCCGUGGGCCUCUACGAAGGGCUCUGGAUGUCCUGCGCCUCCCAGAGCACUGGUCAGGUGCAAUGCAAGCUCUAUGACUCGCUGCUCGCUCUUGAUGGUCACAUCCAGUCAGCCCGAGCGUUGAUGGUGGUAGCCGUGCUCCUGGGCUUUGUGGCCAUGGUCCUCAGUGUUGUGGGCAUGAAGUGCACACGAGUUGGAGACAGCAACCCUACUGCCAAGAGCCGUGUGGCCAUCUCUGGUGGAGCCCUGUUCCUUCUGGCCGGCCUCUGCACGUUGACUGCUGUGUCAUGGUAUGCCACCCUGGUGACCCAGGAGUUCUUCAACCCAAGCACACCUGUCAACGCCCGGUAUGAAUUUGGCCCGGCUCUGUUUGUAGGCUGGGCUUCGGCCGGCCUGGCCAUGCUGGGGGGCUCCUUCCUUUGCUGUACCUGUCCGGAGCCUGAGAGAACCAACAGCAGCCCACAGCCCUACCGCCCUGGACCUUCAACUGCUGCCCGAGAACCCAUUGUUAAAUUGCCUGCCUCCACCAAGGGCCCCCUGGGUGUGUAAUGUCCAGGUUUCCAGCCAGGCUCUGUCUGACUCUCUGCCCUAUCUAGACUUUGUGUAUUUGAUACUUUUUGGAAAGAACGUUCAGCCUCAA